AUGUCGUUAAGCUUGCAAAGACGUUUUAUUCAACAAACGUCCGAUGCCAAAUGGGUACCUUGGGAGGACGAUCUAUUACGAAAUUACGUGGCACAUAAUGGCACUAAAUGGCAUGAAUUCGUUCAACAUUGUCUACCUAACCGAACACCCAACCAAUGUCAAACACGUUGGUCUGAUAUAUUGAACCCCACACUGACUAAAGGGCCCUUCUCUCUUGAUGAAAAAAAUCUUUUAAAGGAAGGCGUUUCAAAAUUCGGCAAAGGACAGUGGGCCAAAAUUAGUGAGCAGUAUUUACCUAAACGAUCUUCAAGAAGAAUUGCUAAUGAGUGGUAUAGUUUGUCGAAAUGUCAAAACGCACGUUGGACGAAGGAAGAAGACGAAUUGGUUUUAAAAGGAGUUGCUGAGUAUGGAUACGCAUGGACACGUAUUGCUGCACAGUACUUACCUGAGAGAAGCCGCAGUCAAAUCCGAAAUCAUUAUCGCUCGCAGUUAGAUCCCAACGUCAAUAAAGAAAAAUGGGAAGAUGAUGAAUUGGACACGUUGCUUCGAAGAACCAUUGUAUUUGGCCAAGAUUGGAACAAAGUGGCAGAAGGGUUACCAGGAAGAACACCAGAGAAGUGCAGUGCGAUCUGGAUGAGUGAAUUGGACCCUACAUUGAACAAAGGUCCGUGGACAAACGAAGAGACCAGGUUAUUUUGGGAACGAGUAGAUCGAUUCAAGGGUGACUUUGUGAAGGUAGCCGAGGAUUUGCCUGGCAGAAAUAGGUUGAGCUGUUUCCGUAAGUUUUGGUCAACAGUGCGCUAUGACGAAGAAUUUACUUUUUUAUAUGGCGAUGCUUUGGAAAAGCAAAGUCUUGAAAAUGGCCCUCUUUGGAGAGCAAGAGUGGCUAAAUUAGUAUGUAAUUGGCUCAAACAAGAAACAACCAUACAAAAAUUGCCGGAUAACAACAUAAACAUACACCAGACUGGUCAUUGGGAUCAAGACGACCUAGUAAAAUUAGAUGAAUUGGUCAAUGAGCAAUUACAAAAGAAGGGUGUAGAAUCAUUAGGAUACAAGGAUUGGAAAAAAAUAUCCAAACAAUUCUUUGGAAGGGAUGCGCAUCAAUGUAAAAAUCAGUACGAUGAGCAUCUUUCAGUAUCUAGUAUUACAAAAGGUGAAUGGUCGAAGGAAGAAGAUGAUAUCUUGCUAAGACUAGUGAAUGAAUACAGCGCAUCUAAUUGGGACACCAUUGCAAAACAUAUACCCAACCGAAACAAACGACAAUGUGUUUAUAGAUGGCAUCGUGUAUUAAAAUUUAAGGACAGUGAUCCUCCAAUCAUUAAGAAAAAACAACUAUCAGAUGCUGAAAAGUCUCUUAUUAAGGAGGGAAUACAGAUGUUUGGAUGUAAUUGGGCUGCUAUCCGAAUGACGUACUUACCUUCGCGUACACCAGAACAAAUUAUGCGCUGGUGGCACUUCCAACAUAAGACAGGACUUGAUGCGGAUGGUAGUGACGCUUCGAAAUUGUGGACUGAGGACGAGGACAAGGCAUUAAAAUUUGCUGUUAGCAGAUAUAAGGAUGAGCUUGAUGAUAAAUCCGUAUGGGCUCAAGUAUCAAAAAUGAUACAUGGCCGCACACCAAAGCAAUGUCGCGUACGGUGGACUUACACCUUAAAGGGCGGCUUCACUAAAGGGCAUUGGAAUUAUGAAGAAGAAAUGCAGUUGCUAGAAAUUGUACAGAAAACGAAACUACAAAGAAGCAAAUCGUCUAAGCAGAGUAUGUGGUCUACUGUCGCAAAGGAAUUAAACACUGGCCGUUCAGAUUUGUCAUGUAGAUCUAAAUAUAUGUACAUGCAACGUAAAGGACACAGGUUUGCUUUUUAA